AUUAUCAAUACGCCGUCGUACUUGAGAAAUUUUCAAAAAACUAAAACACUUCCAUAUACCGCUAUUCUCAUAAACCUUGUGCGGGGAUAUUGUAAGGUGGCCCUUCUCGCUCCGCGCUCCACGCCAUUAUUUUUCCGUGUCGACUUCGAAAAAAAAACUAAAAAAUAGCUUCAUAAUAAUUUCUACAAUAUUUCGGUUGAUUUAAAAAUCUAAGUAAACAUGUCAAUAAUGUGUUUUCUUAAUAGAUAGUAAAACACAAUCGCGUUCGAAAAAAAAAUAAGUAUAAUGUAAUCAACGAUCGUUAUUUAUCGCCUAAAAAAGUACGUUAGUAAAAUAACGAUAAAUCAUCAACGAAGAAGUCGGAUUCGCGGUCGUAAUGUGAAUUCCGGUCGGCACAUUUUUCGAAAUUUUCGACGCCGUAUAGUGAAACUCAGGUAAAACACUUAAUCAUGUUAUACUGGUGCGACAGUUAACCGCGUUAAAUUCAUUCUAAUGGAAGAAGAUAACGCCAAUACGCAAGAAAAUGAUGUGAAUUUUCUUUACAACAAGAGCGAAGAAACGAACGGAGUUGAAAGCUAUGAGCCUUACAGUACGCAAGAUUUGGAAGAAUUGUUGGAGGAUGAAACACCUGUGAAUGAAAACACACCAGAUGUUGCGCCGAUUGAGAAAGACAUAUUGAGUGAAAACGUAGAAGACGAAACCGAGCUAACACAUGAGAACAACGAUACGAAUAAGCCUAGGAUUAUUUUAACGCUACGAACCAGUGAUACGGAUCCAGAUGCUUAUUUCAGUACGAGCAGUAUUCAGCCGAAAGUAACAGAAGAAAGUCCGGAGAAGAAAGAAGUGCAUAAAGUCAGAGAAAGUUUACCAGAUUCGGUCAACGUUGAGUUAUCGAGUAAGCGAACUUUGAGGCGUAUGUCUAACUGUAAGGAAUCUGUUUUACAGAAUGCUAUCGCCUUGAAAGAGAAAUCUUUUGGUUUACCGGAUACUUCGUACAAGAAAAGGUCGCCGAAAGGUUUAGAUAAGUCGCAAAGAUCUCUCAGGAUGAAGUCGCCGAAAUCUCUGAUGUCGUAUUUUCACGACAAAUCGAAAGUUCACGAAUUACCAGAUAAUAAGGAAAUCACCAUCACGCCGAUUAUCGAAGAUGACGUUGAUUUAAACGUUAAUCCUGCCGUAAACGAGCCUACAUUGAUGAAAAUCGAAGCGUUAUCGGAGAUAGAGAUCAAUAGCAACGGAUCCUUCAAUAAUUCUAUACAAACCGACGAUAGUCUGCAGUCGUCCAAGUCAGCGUAUGAUAAAAACCUCAAACCUAAGAGAAGGAAAAGGUAUUUCAAAGGGUUGAGUUAUUCGUUUAAUAAUAAAAGACAUCCAAAAAAAAGACGCCUGCAAUCGGAACGUGGUCGUGGCAAUAAAUACGAACCAUCGGAAAGUUCCGAACAAGAUACCGAUUCUCAGCACACCAUUAUUAAUUCUUCAGAAAUUAACGAAAUGAAUGAUGAAAGCGAAUUGUCGAAAGAUUCUAGUCAAGAGCAAUCAGUAUUAUUUAAAUCGGCCACUGGUAUUCUUCAAAAUCAUAAACAUACAUCUAUGGAUGUAAUAAACAAUUCAUUUAACGAGAAAGCACCAUCACCAAGUACCGGAGACACGCCGAAAAAACCAUCUCGACCAGAAUCAACGCUUAUAUCAUCUGGCGGAGGAACUGCAGCCUUAUGCCUUUGUCAAGUACAAGAGAAAGUGUUCAUGAAAGUUGAAUCUGAUUCGAAACAUCAUUGCCAAGCUAUAGAUUCCAUCGAAGGGAAACACAUAGGAUGUUGCAAUUACGUAGACAUCGUCGAAGAAGACAUCAAGUUACAAAGGCCUAGCGUCAAAGUUACUUACCUGAUGUUCUGCAAAGUGCACACUCACCGUUUGUUGAUUCACAAUUGUUGCCCAACUUGCGGCCUAUUUUGUACUCAGGGUAAAUUUGUGAUGUGUGAGUCGCAUCAUAUGUACCAUCGAAAAUGCGAGCUUCUUAUCGAAGAUAAACGAGUAUGUCCACAUUGUGGUCAGUUAUCUCCUUCCAACGAUGUUCAUAUAUCAAUAGGUCAAAAGAAGAACCCGGUGUUCUUACCUUUUCAAAUAUCGCUGCGCGAUACGCCAUCGGCGAAGAUGAGUUUUCGGGGGAGUGUGACGUUGGAAAAACCAGAAGACCGUCCGAUGUCCCCUCCUCUCGUGCCUCCUCGAAUAUUCACUCUACCCUCUGGAAAAGAGAUCACAUCCGACGGAUUACCAGCUUCGAUAGAGAAAGAAAAGUUAGAGAAGUAUUUGUUAGGCCUUUUGCCUUGUAGUAGCAGUAGUCCAGCUCAGAGAUGUACUUAUCGUAUGAUGUAUCAAGCUUCGAAAGCCGGAGACGUUGAAAAAAUAAUGGCUUGUUUGAGUUCCGGAUUGAAUCCGAAUCAUCUGUAUCGCGAACAUGUGAUGGGUUCUGCUCUUCAUGCUGCCAGUGCCGGAGGAUUUAUCGCUAUUGUUCAUAUACUUACGCAGGCCGGUUCGCAAUUAGAUUUAUUGGAUCGUGAACAAAACACCUCGCUGAUGUUAGCUGCAUUAAAUGGUCACAACGAUGUCGUUAAAUAUUUGGUUAAAGCUGGAGCUAAUGUUUCGUUCAAGGGUAAAGAUGGCAUGGCUGCUUUGCAUUUGGCUGCAAAAUCGGGCAAUUUAGAAGCGUGUUAUUACCUUUUAUCGAAUCCGAAGUCGCCUCGAGAUUAUGUUAAUUUCGUCGAUGAUGGUGGAUGGACACCUUUGGUUUGGGCUGCCGAAUUCAAUCAUUUAGAUGUAGCUUUAUAUUUGCUAUCACGCGGUGCUGAUCCAUUUGUGAGAGACGUCGAACAAAAUAUCGCUCUUCAUUGGGCUUCUUUCACCGGAAGCGUCGAUACGACUGAAGUAUUGUUGAAUUAUAAUUCAGAUAUCAAUUGUACAAAUGUUCAUGGUGAUACACCCUUGCAUAUUUGUGCUCGGCAAGAUCACUAUGCUUGUGUUGUUCUUCUCUUGGCUCACAAAGCUCGGACAGAUAUCGUCAAUAAGGCCGGCCAGUUGGCAGUAGAUUGUUGCGUUAUAAAACCGAGCGAUUCCGAGAACGCGAUUCGGCUCAAUAUGCAGUUGAAAGAGAUGACGUCCCAUAGUAGAGAAAAAACUGCCAGAAUAUUGACCAACGAUAUUACUCGAGGACACGAAGUGAAUCCUAUACAAUGUAUUAAUGCUAUCGAUAUGGAAGACGAGCCUACAGAUUUUGUGUACAUCACUGAGAACUGUUUUACUUCUAAUAUCAAAGUUGAUCGAACCAUCACUUCGUUAAAGUCUUGUUGUUGUCGAGAUAAUUGCAGUUCAACAUUCUGUUCGUGUGGUAAACUAAGUCUACGAUGUUGGUACACAGACGAUGGAAAAUUAUCUCCUGAUUUCAAUUACGCUGAACCACCCAUGUUGUUCGAAUGUAACGCUGUUUGUAAAUGCAACAAGGUUACGUGUAAGAAUAGAGUAGUUCAACACGGAAUCACCGGCAGAUUCCAGUUAUUCCGAACUAAAGAGAAAGGAUGGGGAGUCAGUACGUUGAGAUUGAUUCCGAAAGGAACGUAUGUUUGCGAGUACAUUGGUGAAAUAAUUACCGAUACAGAAGCUGACACCAGACAAGACGACUCUUAUCUUUUUGAUUUAGAUAAUAGAGUAAGUGACGGAGAAACCUAUUGUAUAGACGCGUUCCGUUACGGCAAUAUCGCCAGAUUCAUCAAUCACAGCUGUGUGCCGAAUCUUCUGCCUGUCAGAGUUUUCAUCGACCAUCAAGACUUACAUUUUCCAAGAAUCGCGUUUUUCGCGAAUAGAGAUAUCCAACCUUAUGAAGAAUUAGGUUUUGACUAUGGCGAAAAAUUCUGGAUCAUUAAAUACAAAUCGUUCACGUGUACCUGUGGAGCGGAAACUUGCCGAUACUCGACUACCACUAUACAGAAAACUCUGGACGCGUACAACAAGAAAUUAAUGCUGGAGGAAUCAUAAUUACCUACUGCGUAAUGUGAUUUUUUAAAUAACGGAUAAAACGGAUAUGGUACAUGGAUAUGUUAAGAAAUCGAAUUCUAGUUAACUUUGUAUUUUCGUGUAUUUAUUUAUUUAUUUGAUUCGAUUUUUUUCAAAGUCUAGAUACUUUUUAAAUUAUAUUGUGAAUUGUAUAUAUUAUAAGGUUUUAUUUUAUACGAUACUAUUUUAUACGGAUACGAGGAAACGUGCUUUUUUGUAGGAUUUGAUCCUUUCACUUAUUUAAAUUUGUAUCAACGAUGUACGGUUAUCAAAAAUCGCAUCAUACUGAAACGAAGAAACAUGGAACUUAAAUUUUUUUGUUCAGUGAUAUUUUAUGAAAUGCGAAUAAUGAUUUUGUAUGCGCGUUGCGCAAUUAAUUUAAUUUUCUGCGACGUUGAAUAAAUUUAUAAUUCAUUUUGUCA